CGCGCGACCCUCACCCACACACGUGCGCUCCGAAACACAUCGAAAGUCUCGAGCGCGCUGCGCGACAUUAUCAAAAGCAGCGACACACGUACACACACCGUCUCUCGUCUGUGCCCAUCGAUUGUAGGCAGCGCAGUUUUUCUCUCUCUCUCUCUCUCUCUCUCUCUCUCUCUCUCUCUCUCCCUCUCUCCAUCGCACGCACGCAUCAAGAGAGGGAGCAAGACGGCGAGCGUUGGGCCGUUGGCGCGAGUGAAUAAUACGCGACGACGAUGUGUGGAGUGAGAGUAGCAUAACCGCGCUGUUAAACAGCAGCCAGAGGCGCAGGCAGUAGGCGUCGACAUCCCGCGUUCGCCAUCGUCGUAUUUAGUUCAUAUACACCCUGUGCAAUAAGUCGUGCAGUGCCCGAGACGUGAGCUGCUGCAGAGGAACGAGAGUUUAACCCCCACGGCGAGUCCAUGGACAACGACAACGUCCGCUUCAAUAUGUCACAGCAGCCACAAGCAGCGGCUGCAUCAGCCUCAUCAGUAGAAGGUGAAGCAAGCUUACCAGCUGCUCAUUCCGCACACUCUGGAAACAGUCAAAUGAAUCAUAAUGUAAGCUUAAAUCAAACUGAUGAAAUAGUGCUACAGCAGGCCCAUAUGUCAUCAAGGGCUCAAGCUAUUGUACUUUUGCCACGUUCUGAAAGUGAAGAAAUUCCACCUCCAAAGCCAGACUUUUCGGCUCCACCACCUUAUGAAGUUGCCACGAAAUUGCCCAGCUAUGAAGAAGUACAACGGGAGAAAACAUUGCAGGGAGAACCAUUACCGCAGACUCACCCGCAAGGCUUGCCAUGUGGCACUGGAGUACCACAACAACCUUUGACUAUUUUGGCCAUAGACACAGAUGGUGAAGGUGAUCCAGAAAGUCGAAUGCUGGGCACAGACUUUAUGUUCUUUACUGCCUUCUUAGUUGCAUUCCUAUUUAAUUGGAUUGGCUUUUUGCUGCUCAUGUGCUUCUGUCACACGAUUGCCUCGCGAUAUGGGGCACUAUCUGGUUUUGGCCUUUCCUUAACCAAGUGGACCUUGAUUGUCAAACACUCGACUGAUCUUGCUUCCCGUGAAAAUUCUUGGCUGUGGUGGCUCAUUAUGGCUUUUGGUAUGUUAAUCUGUGUCCGCGCCAUCAUUCAGUAUUUGAACAUCAAGCGAGGAUGGCGACUCUUGUCCGGCAGUGCUCAGGAGCGUCUGCUUUUCUAUUAUUGAGCCUUAUGUCUAGAUGUCAGAGUGGUUUCUUUUUUUAGAAAAGAAAAUUUUUUCAAGGAAUCAUACUUUGAAAAAGAGAAAUGGGUGAAAAGCAUACUGAAAUCCGAUAUUGUUAUGUCCAUAAAGUUCUAAUUUGUGGGUCGGUCUGACUAUAGGAUUUCAAAUUGCGAAUCUUUAUUAGAGCAGGGAGUAUAACAUCUGAAUAUGGUAAUCGUUGCCGAUGGUAACGAUGAGGUUUUAAGAGAUUUUGUGAUUUGUAGAAAUUUAAUAAGAAAAACCGCACAGAAGCUUGAGAAAUUGAUAUAUCGCCUUCGUACCGCAUUUGUACUUGAAGCUUUUAUCAAUUUUUACAAGUGAAUGUUACAACACUAUCGAAUAUAUAUAAAAAAAAAGUAAACACCUGUAAUUGUAUCAAUUAUGCAAAUUUCUUGCAGCAGUCCAUCAUGUAGAAUUAAAAACGCCGAAGAUGGCGACUGCUAUUCCAAAGCAAGUAUUAAUUUUUGUUAUUUUACGGAGCCCCUUAGUAAUAACAAAAAGCAAAAACUUGUAAGUUUCGAUGUGCAAAAAGCGUUAGUGAUAUUGCAAAAAUAAGAAAAAGAAAAUCAUGCUAAAUGAAAGACAAACAAUAUAAAUAUGGGGCUUUUAGAGAACUUGACUAUAAUGAGCAAGUACAUACAUAAACUAAAAAGAAAAAAAAAUAAUAAAUGAUUUUCUGUAUGCCGAGACGAUAAUGCCGGACCGCUUGUUUGUAUGUUAUAAUUAUAAUUUAUAUACAUAUAUGUUAUAAACAGAAGAUUUUAAAGUUGUAAGAUGAUGAAUAUUAUUUUUAUUAUGCUACAUUAAUUACUGACAAAAAAUUUAAUAAUGAUAACGAUAUUAAACAGUAUUGUUACUAUUAUCACGUCAUUAUCAUUCGUCAAAAAACUAAUCUGCUUUUCGAUUGUGCGAGAAGCGAACAUCAGAGAUUUCAAAAAUUCAAAUUUAGCGUAUAUCCAUUAAAUAUAGUCACUUAUACUUUUCUUGUUUUUAAACUGUAAGUAUUGAUUUUACAAUUUUCAUGUCUUUCAGAUUGUAAGCUAGAAGUAUUUUAUGUAAAUAAAAUUUCAAAAUA